AUGCCACCUCGCCCCUCCCUGGCCAUGCCUUCCCCACCUGUCUCCUACACCUAUAACGCCAGCCCGGCCUCAUGCGAGGCGGUCGACAGUACUCCUCGCUCACCCACCCCCACUACAAGCACACAUCACAGUCGUCGUCCAUCCAUAACCAAUCCAAUGCAUUGGCUUUCUCGUAGCUCGACGCAACUCUCGCUGAAACACACAGCACGCAUCUCAGAGCCGAAGCCCAUCUCAGCGGACCUAUUCUCUUCCCGUGCCGGGACUCUUGGGUCUGGGGCCACGGUUGUGAAGACCCCGGAGGAGGCACUCCGCGACACUCGAGUGCGCUUGACGCACGACGGUUACUGCUCAGAAGCUGGGAAAAAGGGACAGGAUCAAUCGCCCCGUACUUCGUCUUCGUCCUCCGAGGACGAAGACGAAGACGAGAUUCCAUCCCCUCUUGACAGCCCUCCUCUGCCGGCUGUCCCAGUAGACAGGAAGUCGUCGAGCAGCACACUCGAUGAGUUUCCCAGCCCGCCGGCAUUCACGUUUCCCCCACGACCUACUCGGGCUGUACCUUUGACCCCAGCACUAUCACUGCGCUCGUCCCUCAAGUGGUCUGGGACCAAAAGUGCCGAAUCGCUGCCUAGUGCUUCUGUGAAAAUGAACAGCGCAGAGCAUGUUCCGACCCUCACCGUUCCCUCGUUGCCGGCCAACAUAUCACCCACCCCCAGCCCACCACCUUUCAACGCGAUUCUGGUGUCGGAGUCGCCGAUUUCGACCCACUGCCCGAUGAUUGUCUCUCUAGAGACUUCGACGACGACACUGAAGACGACGAUGGAAACACUGUGCAGUCGACCCUCCUUCCUGUCGCAAUACAUGGGGCAGUUCGGUCGGCGACGGGUGGACUCAUCCGCAUCUUCUGUGUAUUCCACCGCUAGUGCAGACCAGGACGUCUAUCGCCGACAUCUCGCGUCACAAGGGCUGUUACCUCACUCGUCGUGCAGCGUCCAUAUCUUCCUCGAUCGGCCCAGCGAGCCGUACGCGCAUAUUCUGGCCUAUCUUCGCUCACCGUGUGGUACGGCAGAAUGCCCAGAGAUGCUGCCUACUCGAGCGAGUUCAGCUGGCCUGGACUCGUUGCUGGAGCUGCGAGAUGAGGCAGCCUAUCUGGGCCUAGACGGCCUACAUAAACUGUGCGUCGACGAAAUCGGACACAUCCGCUCGCGAGGGCUUGCACGGCAUCGUGGUCCUAAACCGGCUUCGAUGCAUAGCCUGAGUGCUUCUAUCAGCAGUCUACAUACGAUGCUCGAGCGUGUAGAGCGGCAUCAUUCGGAUGAUGCGGGCAGUCGCUCGUUGCCUACGCCAGACUCGGCUUUGUCGACAAAGCUGCCGCGACACGCAUCCUUGCGAACUCCUCCAGCUGGCUGGAUCUGA